CCCAAAGACCAACAAAAUCCGCACAGUCAACGAUCGGAGCUCAAGAUUUGACCCCAAUUCUCUCUCUCUCUCUCUCUCUCUUAUGCAGCCGGACUCCGACCUACCACCCCUCUCCGCCAUCAAAGUCAAGCCCUCCCCUUCCCCUUCCCGCUUCGCCCCUCCCAUUCCCACCACAGACACCCCCACAGCCGGCGCCCAACGCCGCAUCGGCAUCGCCGUCGACCUCAGCGGCGAGAGCGCCUUCGCCGUCGAGUGGUCCGUCCGCCAAUACCUCCGCCCCGGCGACGCCGUCAUCCUCCUCCACGUCCGCCCCACCUCCGUCCUCUACGGCGCCGAUUGGGGCGCCAUAGACCUCUCCGUCGUCAACGAGGAGUCGAAGCAGAAGCUCGAGGACGAGUUCGACGCGUUCACGGUGACGAAAGCCGAUGACGUGGCGCAGCCGCUUGUGGAGGCGGGGAUUCCGUUUAAGAUCCAUAUAGUGAAGGAUCAUGAUAUGAAGGAGAGGUUGUGCUUGGAAGUGGAGAGGCUGGGGUUGAGUGCGGUGAUUAUGGGGAGUCGCGGGUUUGGUGCAACGAAGAGAGAUAAUAGUGGGCGGCUUGGGAGUGUUAGCGAUUACUGUGUGCGCCACUGUGUUUGUCCGGUGGUGGUUGUGCGGUAUCCGGAGGAGAAAGACGGUGGUGGUGGUGUAGAGCCCGUAGUUUCUGUGGCUUCUGCGGUGGAAGAUGAGGAGGAGGAGGAGCCUGAGUACCAUGAUGCCACCGAUCAUCGGAAAGAUAACUAGCUGGAACUCCACGGAGGACUCCGUUAACUGCAGGUUAUUUUUGUUGCUUCUGAUAUUUCAUGGUAUGUCUGAAGGGAGCUUCUGGGUUUUCUUUUGGUGCUAUGUAAAUUGUGGAAGGUGUAUCAGCUGCAAUUUAAGCCUGGUUGUAUGAGAACUGAUUACAUGUUAUUGAUGGGUGGAUCAUGAGGAGUAAACGAGCAGUGGUUGUUCACUCCGUCUCUCCUUACCAACUAAUUGUCACUUGUUAACUGAAUCCUUGUAUGGACAUAUCACGCAUUUUCUGGGAGUAAAAUUCAGCUUUUGCUUA